UUGACUCUUGGUAUGUUUAGGAGUUCUGUGAUUCUUAGUGGGUUUUAAUUUUAGGUUUUGUUGGUAUGUCUUUUUUUUUUAGGUUCAUUUUAUUUGAAUUUGGGUUGUGUUUAAUGGGUUUUGGUAUAAUUUAUAUGGAUUCAACACUUGGUUGACUUUCAUUUUGAAGUCUUGAACUUCAAGAGUUAUGGUUGUUUCUGAUAUGGGUUUUAUGCUUUGAGACCUUUUACUGAAGUAGAGAGUUAUCCUUCUCUCUCCCCUUGUAAUUUAUAUUUUUUUUUUUGAACUUGUUGCUUACAGCCUAAGAGUCUCGGCUGGUGCUUGAUUGUGUAGAGGGGUUUUGCUUUCCCACUGAUGUUUCCAAGUCGAGAUUGUGGUACAUAUCAUAAGAACAGAUCAAAUGCCAUCAUUAAAAAUGAAGACCAAACUAAGCAUGGGUACUUUAAGAGAAAAAGGUUGUCUGAGUGUCUGCCAAAAGUCUAGCAUGAUAUCUAAAAAAUCAGGUCCUCAUGUCACAGUAUCUCGAGAUAUAACAGAAUUUGACGGGUGCUUCCAGAAUUGCGAGGUUGGCUAUGUUCCAACAAGUAUGGAAAUUUACACCCCAGAUAUUGAAGGUGAUGAGGCUAUUGAUCAGAUAGAAUUUCCAAUUGAAGGAAAUUCUCAGUUUCAGAAGCAGUCAUUGGUUUUUGUAGAUUCUGGCGCUAUGGAGAGAUUGGAAUCAACUGUUACCUGCACAUCAAAAUUGGAGACAAUUUUUUCCCCUGCUUUGGAGCCUGUUGGAAUUCACAGCUUACCAAAUAUCGGUGCUGAUACAGGUGUGACUUGUUUAGUGGUUGAACACAUAGUAUCUAACUACUCAAGAGAGAGACGAGAGAAAGGCAGCAACAAUGAUGCUAAUGUGCCAGGAGCUGAUGACAGUGACGAUAACAGAAGCUCAUGUGAUUAUCAAACAUGCAACAUUUCAGAUUUCUUUAUUUCUGACAUGAUUGUUGCUGGCUUACCCUUUGAUGGGAAUGUAGUCAAUGAUGAUAUAAUUGAGAACAAUCCUUUUCCUGAUUAUAAAUGUGCCGAGUCAAGUAUGUUGUUUGACGUAGCUGAGGAAUGCAUGAUGCUACCUUUUCUUGAGGACACUGCGGAAAUGAACAAUUCCAAUGACAUGAAAUCAUGUGAAGAAGGCAUGAUAGAGCCUGAUAAUACUAGCUUGUACCUUGCAAUUAAUCAAAUAAGGUCGUGCAACCAUGAAUCUGAUCUUAACACUGACCCAGAUCAAGCAGAAGAAUUUGAUCCUCAGUUCUUCAUCAAAAAUUUACCUGAACUAUCUGAUGUGGAGUCAAAUUAUCAUCCUUCUGUGCCUCCAAAAGAAUCUUUGAUGAAGAAGUCUGUAACCUUAGUACUUGAUUUGGAUGAAACUUUAGUACACUCUACAUUGGAACAUUGUGAUGAUGCGGACUUCACCUUUACUGUGUUUUUUAACCUGAAAGAGCACACUGUAUACGUAAAACGGAGGCCUCAUCUGCACACAUUCUUGGAGAGAGUUGCAGAGUUGUUUGAAGUUGUUAUCUUUACAGCUAGCCAGAGCAUCUAUGCAGCACAGCUAUUGGACAUAUUGGAUCCAGAGAAAAAGCUUAUAUCUCGCCGUGUUUACCGCGAGUCCUGCAUUUUCACUGAUGGAAGUUACACAAAAGAUUUGACAGUUUUAGGUGUCGAUCUUGCAAAAGUUGCCAUUAUUGAUAAUUCUCCACAGGUUUUCAGCUUGCAAGUAAAUAAUGGGAUUCCUAUUAAGAGUUGGUUUAGUGAUCCAUCAGAUUGUGCACUAAUCUCGUUACUUCCCUUCUUAGAGACCCUGGUUGAUGCUGAUGAUGUCCGUCCUAUCAUUGCAAAGAGAUUCGCUGACAACUUCGUGGGGAGCUCUUUCUAAUUUUUCUGAAAGGUAGAUUUAGAGUAUGCCUGUUUCAUUUUUUGUACAGUUGAUGUUGCAAUGAAUUCUAUGAGGGUGUAUAUGAAUUGCUGUGAAAUAUAGUUUUGCAAACUCUUACUAGUAGUGGGUCACCUUGCAAUUAUAUUAUUUUUUGCUUCUUUAUUGUCUCUUUCCCUUUUUCUUAUGCAAGCAGUUGAAGUACAUGUAUAUUAUCGAAGAAAUCAAUCGUUGGGUUGAAACGUCAGAACAAUCCCCUCUGCCUCUAGUUAUCUUUUUACGCUUGCAAUAUUCAUUGAUGCUUCAUCAAUCACAAAUAGAAAACCGGACCCUACACCUAUCAUGUAAUCACUAUGCCUUUAAGUAAGGAUCUAUGGUGGCUAAUAAGGAGUGAAAUAUCUUUGGAAAAUUUCUAGAAACUAGCUUGAGGAAAUGAGAAUAAUAUUUUUUUCUUAUUAGAACUAAAUCUAAACACUCUAGUUUAAUUAUUACAGUAGUCUUCUAAGCACUGAUCUGAACUCUCAAUCAUGGAUGGAAUACUUUAAGUGCAGAUGUUUAAAUUUUGGACAUAGUGUUUGGUAGAACUAAUAUUUGAAGCAUACAGUUAAUUGGGAGACCACAUGAAUUCCUAUAAAUAUGUGAUAUUAGCUGAAUUAUUAGGUUUAAAUAUCUUUUGUGGCAUAUUUAUGUAAUAUAUGAGGAUAAUAAUAGUAUUAAUGCAUGGAAGCACCUGUGCAAUUGCGUCUGCACGGGUGCAUACCCUUGUGCAUGCAUGAGAGAGAGACCUGUGGCGACUCAAUAACUGGAAUCAUCAGAGUGAUUGUGUCCUACAUUUUGUGCAUGUUGAUUUAGGUCUUUUUUUCUCCUUUUCUUAGCAAUUGGUUGUCAUAUCUGUACUUAAACAUGAUGUUGCUUGUAGCGCUGAGUUGUAUGUGGCAUCUUUCUCCUCUGAUACUGUUUCUGCAAUUAGAUCAUUUUUAAAAAUUAUUGCAUAAUUUAGUGAAUAACUUGGCUGCAUGACCUGCUAAUUUGAAUAUCUUGAAGAAGAGUUCUCAUCUUCUCACUGUAUGGAGGAUAUUCUAAGUUAGAAUUUCAGAGUCAGAUUUUAUUGAGAAGCUAUCCUGUUAAAUUUAGCAAAGGAAAAUAAGUAGCGGUAAAGAAAUGUGCUAUACAAAGUUUUAUCAGUUGAAAAAUAUUUGGUGAAUUGACAGGAGAGUUUAUGGUAGAAAUUAUCUAGAGGUACAAAUUCUCAAGCAGAGCACCAUUGAGAUUCUUAAAUUUACCUUAUCAGAUGGAGAUGGCACAAAAACUGAAAUAACAAACUGAAUUAUAAGAUAGGGAUUAGAGAUUCUUUAAUUUCUAGAAGAAUGUGUUUGUUGAUGCUGCAUUAUGAAGUCUUUAGUGUUCUCUACAGGGAUCAAGUCUUUUGGCUAUGAUAUUAGGGUUUCUUUGGUGUUCAAGACUAAUUAAUUUUUUGUUAUAUCGAAGAUACAAGGUGAUUGAAUUGACUGUUUAUUUAGCAUAAUACACACUGUUCUUCUUUGUUUUUUUUUUUUUUGGUAAGUUUUGAUUGUCCACAGAUUAUGUUAUUGAUUCUUAUGUGGAGAUUUAGUUUUAAACGUUUGCAUCUUUUAUUAGUCAAAUUUACUGUAGUAUGCUAUUCUUGAAAUUUCCAUGUCCUUCAUGGUCUGUCAUCUUGACUUAUGUCUGGCUGCUCCUCCCACUUUUGCAGUUGUAUAUCUUUCAUGCACCCAAUUAAAACUUGAUAAUUAUUCCAAAUUACCAAUCCUCUUUCCUAUAUGAGUUGAUAUUCAUAUGGGUUGCUUAUGUAUUGCUGCCUUUUUAAUUUUACUGUUGGAGGAGGUACUUGCCAAAGGAGGGUGAUCCCAGGAAAGCUGAUUGCUCUCAACUAAACAAAGUUUUAACUUAUUGCACUUGUCUCCUCUUUCGCACAUGCACUUAUGGGUUAGUUUCAUUGUUGGAGGAGGUAGUUGCUAAUGGAGGGUGAUCCCAGGAAAGCUGAUUGCUCUCAACUAAAUAAAGUUUUAAGUUAUUGCACUUGUUUCCUCUCAGGCACAUGUACUUAUGUAAUACAUUGUAAUGCUCAACAUGUUAUGCAUUUUUUAUUGUUUAUUUCUAUUUUGUCUCCUUGCAUGGAAUGUUGCCGUAACUAGGAAAGCUAAUCUUGACCUGAGAAUUUUUUGAUAUAAAGAAAAAAUGAAAAAGAAAAACAAUACCAUCCACUACACUGUUACCUGGAUGCAUUAAAAUUUGGAAAGUAAGGGUUACCCAUCAAAUUUGUUACACGGUUAAUGUGCAUUAGUGAUUCUGACUUUGCGAUUCAAUUGGCAAUAAUGUGAAUGCCUGUGCUACAUGAUGAUUUCUUCUUGCUAUAUGAUAUGGACAUUGUUGUGAACUUUAAGGUAUUCCAAGACUAUAAGAUUGGCUGGUGACUUCACAAUUAUAAGGUAUUUUAUUAGGCUAAUGAUGUAGGAGGACAUCUGAGUGAGCUUGGCUACUUUAGGUUCAAUACCUUUAGCAGACCUUGAGGAAGUAUGGAUGCCUGCAUUGUAAGAUGGAAGUGGGAAGGGGACUCUGAGGUGCUAUCUGCUUAACAAAAUACCAAUUAAUAUGUGCGAUGAGAUGUGCUGAAUAUUACAAAUUCUCUUUUAAAAUUCUGCAUGCCUUAUCUGCAGGUCAGGUGAGGGACAUUCUAUAGUAUCUGCUAAUGCCAAAAUAUAGGUACGUCAAGUUCAGUUGUUACCAUCCUUUUGUUGUAGAUAUAGCAAUUUGUUAAGAGCAUAGAUAGUGCUGACGGUACUUUUUGGCCUUGAAUUUUUAAGAGAAUGUUGGUAAGAUAUUGGUUGUAUAUACUCAUUUGGAGAUGAUAAAUAUUUAUCGUUUCGUUACGCUUUUGUAUCCAAUGUAAUGCCUUGUUGCCUUCUUGGUCUUGACUGACAAUAUGUAAAAGCACCGAGUUACUGUAUAGCUGCUAGUUUCUCCUGGUAUUUCACUAAUUAGUGGACUGUAGAAUACUGGAUUUCUUGUAAAGUCAGUCCAUCAUAUUUUUAAGUUUAUCCUAUUCAUACGAUUGCGUGUU